GGGCCCUGCCCAGCCUGCGCUGGGGGCUCGGCGAGGCCUGUUGGGGCGGGGGCUGGCGAAGGCCCGUGCCGUGCUGCGCUAGGGUCGUUCUUGUCGAGGUCUGAUGUUGCGGCGCCUCAAGUUGCGCCUGGAGACGUUUUCACAAACGCGUGGGGAGUGUUAGAGGCCAGGGGCGACCCCGGCAGCGCUGGGAUGGACACCCGAAGGGCUGGGACGGAAAGCCCGCCUGCGGCCGUGCGGGUAGCAGAGCUGCAGGCACCGCGGGCUGCUCGCUGCUACGGGCUCCAGCCCGGAGAGAGGCAGGAGGGGCUGCUGCGUUGGGAAGAGCACGGCCUGGGGGUGCUGCGUGCGCCGUGCUGGACCCCGCUGCCCUCCCAGCCCGACGCGUCGUCUGAUAGGAAAGAUACUGAGCGGCGCUUCACAGCGCGUCCGAGUCAGCCUUCGCGUUUAGAGGAGGGACGGGGAGUCUGUGGGGCUUGAUGAAGGCUGAGGUUUGAUGGGUAUGAUUAGAGUUAACUGUAACUAAACGUUCCUCUCUGCGUGUGUGUUUAUAUUUACACAUAUAGAUACACAAUUACAUAUAUCUACAUGUAUCUGCAUAUAUAGAUAAUGUCAGGGCAAAGCGUGUCAGUAGGAACUGGCGGAGUUUAGGCUAAUAUAAUUUCCCAGAUGGACAGAUUUGUGGAGAAAUUUAGAGCCCAUAAAAUCUGGUAGAAAUUAUCAGUUUCUGCAUCUACUGGUCAUGUUUUAGCAAAAUUAGUAUCAUUUGCCCAUUUUUUGGAUGCAAUUUUGAGGUUUUAUAGACUCCCCUCUAAAAUGUACAUGCACGUACACGUGCCUGUAUGGUAGAGGAGAGGGGGUUAGAAAGCUUUGUGCAAACCUGUAAGAAUUCAUGAUUGUUAUCCAAUGAAGAUGUGUUUCAUUGAUUUGUUAGGCCAUUAACCUGUUUGUAUUUUUCCACUCUUCACUUUUCCAGAAUAGCUGUGUCCUUCUCGUUCACCUUUCUUUUUUUCUCUCUUAAGUGAGCCCAGACUCAAGCAAAGAGCUCUCUUUCUUUUACUGGUUUACGUUCCUUCAUCACUGAGCAGUAAGUAAGCAGGGGCAUUUAUCCAGUUUCCAUUCUCCUUCUGCAGUUUUGCCAGAAUCACAGAUGUUUGAGGUGAUGUCCCCAACAAAACACUGUGAUGAUUCCUCUCUCCAUGCUGCUUCUGCUUCUCUGAACAGCUUCUGUGUCUGCACGCUGACAGUUACAUUCACUGUGGUCCUGUUACCUUCCCACCCCCGCAGCCUAACUGUUGCGUUUGAUGAUCGUGCGGUCCUCAUUGUAACAUGUAGGUAGAGCAAUGAUAAUUAGUGCUGGUUGGUCAGAGGAUUGCGAGGAGCUGGGACUGAAGUUUCUGCUGUUGCACACUGAACACAACUAAGGAAUUUGGGGUCUGUGCUUGCUAAGAGAAAACAGUGUUAUGAGAGAAGCUGAAAAGGUACUUCACCCAGUAAUAUGGGUGAAGGAAAGAAACAAACUGGUAAUAAAAAAAAAUGUGGGGAGGUAGGGAUAGCAUUCUGAAUGAAAAAACAGUCAAAGCAAGGAUAGGAUAAAAGCAAACACAGAUGGUAUCCUCACAGACAAGUUGUUUUGCCUCCGCCCUCCCCCGCUGCCAACCUAUUCCUGUUUCUGUCAAGGUGUUGUGCUUACAGUUUUACUUCCAGCUGAGGAACAUCAGGCACAGUUCCAGUGUUAGCUGUGGUCAGGCUUUCUUCUUCCCUCCCAAACAGAGUGUGCAUGUAGCCUUACAGAAAGCCAUGUGUGACUUUGAUGAGUUUGUGGUGACGAACAAUGAUGUUAUACUCAAAAAUAUUGCUGAAGAUUUGCGGAAUCAUUUACCCAUUGAGGCAAUGUUUAAUUCGGAACAUCUAGCUAUCCAGAAAGUACAUCAGCAUCCGCUGCCAAUGGUUCACGUUGAUGCAUUCCUUUAUGAUGAUGAUUUUGUUGAUACAUUGUGUGAGGAGGGGAGAAUGAGUAGGAACUACUGCACAGAGUGUGGCUCAUACAAGACUGCAUCUUUAGAGUUUAUUUCGCAUUCCUUUUCCCUCAUGGAACUGAAGUUUCUUUAUCAACAUGUACUGCCUGACCUGACAGGAAAGGUAGUGGUUGACGUUGGCUCCAGGCUUGGUGCAGUGCUAUUUGCGGGUUAUCUUUAUAGCUCAGCAUCCCAACUGUAUGGAGUAGAAAUGAAUGCAGACUUUUGCCAGUUGCAAGAAAUGACAAUUACAAAAUACCAGUUCACUGACAGAAUAAAGGUGGUUCACGCAGACAUCCGUACUCAGGCUUCACUUCUUCAGAAGGCUGAUGUUGUUGUAAUGAAUAAUGUCUUUGAAUAUUUUCUUGACAGACUGGAACAGGCCAGAGCUUGGGAAUUUAUUGCUUGUAAUGUAAAGAAAAGAGGGUCCUUGUUAGUUACAGUUCCAAGCCUUAAAGAAUCACUCUCAAAGCUCCAGAUGGAUAUACAGCUCAGCCAAUGGCUAGAGGAGGUGCAGCUAAACUAUGAUGUCUGUUUGGAAAAGGAUGUUGACAGAGAAGUGCUUGAACAAAUACAUUUAUACAGGAUUCUGUAGUACCUGGAAAAACUUACUAAUAUCCUUGCAAUAUCAUAUAUUUUGAGCUUAAAAUGAAUUCUGAUUUAUAUGUAUGAAUAAAUCGGGUAAAAGUUAUCAUUAUUGUGAUUAA